UUAUUUUUUUAUAUGAAUUUUAUUAUAUACUAGUUUUUUGUUGCAUGAAAUAUAACUUUUUAUGUUUGUUUAAAGGUGGCUGAAGAGCUUUAAUAUAAAUACAGCAUCACAUUCUUCACAAAGAUUAGUUGCUGAAAAGUUAUCUGGUGAUGACCUAGUUGUAGAAAAUGCACCAUUUACCUUUGAAAAGGAAGAAAAAGAAACAUUCGAAAUAAAAUAUGUAUCUUGGGGCUAUAUUGAAAAUUUACCAAUGCAUAUUUUAAGACAUCUUGAUCAAUUAGAAAGUUGUAAAAGACUUCAUCACCAUGAAUUUAUUCCUGAGAAAGAGAUACAAAUUAAAAUAGGAGGUGAUUAUGGUGGAGGGAGUUUUAAAAUGACAUACCAGGUUGCAAAUACCUUAAACCCAAAUAGCAAAGACAACACCAUAGUUUUUAGCAUUUUCGAGGCAAAAGAUUACAGAGUCAAUGUCAAAGUAGCCAUGUCAAGGUUUGAAAAGCAAAUAGAAGAUAUUCAAAAAAUGAAGUAUAAGUAUUGUUGUCUUUUCUGUUAUGCGACAGCAAGUGACAUGAAAUUUGGUGAGCAUAAAAGUUCUGAAAUAAAAGAUCGUACCUUAGAAGAUCUGUUUUUGGACCAUGAAAGAUUUAUAGAAAACGGAGGUUUAAAGAAAAAUGCAAAAAAUUGCAAUAAUGUCAUCACAGAGCCAAUUUUGAAAAUACCACUAGAUCAAGUAUCUUUACCUAGUCUCCAUAUGGCUCUUGGUAUUUAUUUGAAUUUUUUUAAUUUGUUUGAAGAAGAAGUCCAUCAAUUGGACAUUUUGAUUGCUGCAGAAGCAGUCAAAAGCAACAUCAACUUUACGGUAGAAUAUCCAGUUUUCGUAUCAAAACAAAAACAACUGUUAAACCUUCAAACUGAAAUUCUUAACCUCGACAAUCAAAUUCAAUUAAUCAAUGAUUUUAUUUUGUUAGCUGCUGUUAACAAUUCAGAUAAUUUAGAAAAUAUUCAAUCUCUAUACUUUACAGAAAUUGAGUUACUUAAUGGUGAAAAAGCAAAAAAGACAAAUAUAUAUAAUACUCUGUUUGGGAAACAUUCCUUUGAAUUGGGUCAAAGACCAUGCACAAAGAUGAUCGAGACGGUACUGCAAAAGCUUAAAGUACAACGUCAAACUUACCACGAAAAAAGUUUUAUAGGAAACCAUGUGCAUAAAAUGCUAAAAGUAAUUUAA